AUGGCGAGAGAAGAAUAUAGUGUAGUCGUUGAAAUGGACGACGAAGGAAAAUUACACAAGAUAAACAGCAAUCCUCUAAUAAUUCUGGUAUAUUUAUUGAGCAUCUUAGAACAACUUUCUACAGAGUCAUUGAAUCAUUGCUUACAAACAAAUGCUUUAUUAUUCAAAGGAUUUAAUGAUACAUCAUUUUUCGAUACAAGUACACCCCAAACUGCACCGCAAGGUGGGCAUCCAUUUUGGGCACUUGAAUAUUACGCUCAAUAUUUUGACUAUCAUCAAGCUAAAGGAUAUAGUCAGUCUCCGGCGCUUCAACGCGCAAGAAGACCAUUCUUUGUUCGUAAUGUUAUGACUGGGUUACUCCUGUUAGGAUUUACUGGGGCCGUGUACACUUAUUCAAUCAUGGCAGUUAAGCAAGAUGAUUUAGGCGAUGUUCCCAUGCCUCAAUUUCCAGCAGAUAAUGAAGAAUCAACAAAAUAA